CUUCCUUCGUAGAUGCUGGACGUGAGCCGCAUCGUGUGUGCUUACGGCGACGUGCAUGCCCGCGCGUACCCGCGAGGUCGUCUUCGUGGUGCCUGCCUCGCGGCAGCUUGCGCCGCCACCACCACCGCCGCCGCCGCCGCCGCCGUCAUGGCAACUAGAGGAUCAUCGGUUACCGUUCGGCAGCCGGACUAUUAACCCCGCGGCCCGUCGGAAUAUUACACGGUCAAAGGCAAUACAUCAAUGGCCCUAGAAUCAAAUGGCAACAACGUGGUGUGGUUGAACACAACCCGUCCUGAUCAAAUACAGCAGAGUCAACCGAUCGAGCAGCCAUUGAAGUGUUCCAUGUUUACUCAAACGGAGCAAACUAAUAGCUUUACCCAAACGGAGCAGAGCAAUUCGAGUUACGGAGACCAGAGACAGCAGCAAACAGCAAUGUUUGACCCUCAGCAGAUUCAGCAGCAACAAGCUGCUGCGCAGGGUCAGCAGUCGCAGCAGCAGCAGCAGCAGACCCAGCAGAUGUACGUCACAUCGGACAAGAAGGAGGACAAGUCUCAACAGCAGCAACAGACGACCACUACUGAGUUCCCUUCCUCUUUCUAUUACAACGUCAACAUGUUGCAGAAGGUUCAGACAAAUGCGGUGAGCACAAUUAGUGCAAUCACCGACGAUAAAGGUUGUUAUCGUUUCGAUGUUCAACCUGUCGGUUAUAAUACAUUGCUAAAUCAGAUGAGUAUUGCUGCUGCUACCGCAAAUGCAACCUUCAAGUGUGAGAUUUGUGGCCUGGUCUUUGGUCAUAUGAGCCUGCUGCAGCAUCAUAAGCGGAUUCAUACCUCAACGCCCAGUAAUCUGCAGCAGCAGCAGCAGCAGCAGCCACAGCAGAUUGUGGUACAAACGCCAACAACAGUGACUGUCGCCACUACACCAGAAAGACCAUAUACUUGUGACAUUUGUGGAGCGUGUUUUGCAUUACCAGGAGAAUUGAAAAGUCACAAAACAAAUAUGCAUCAGAAACCAAAGGUGCAAAUUUGUGAAGAUUGUGGCAGUGAGGACCCAUGCGAACAUCACCCAACUAAAGUUAAAAAGACUAUCAAACCUGGUCAUCAUCCUGUGAAACGAAGGGGUGUUACCAGUGUUACCAAAUGUCACAAGUGCAACGGCACCGGAAUUAUUUUUAUUGGUGGCAAGCAAAACAGUCAAAAUCAAGCGGAGAAACCAUUUCAUUGUAACGUUUGUGAUGGUACAUUUUCUCGAUAUUCUUCACUCUGGUCCCAUAAAAGACUUCAUUCGGGAGAUAAACCAUUCAAAUGUGAAGUUUGUGGUUUAGCCUUUGCUAAGGCUGCCUAUUUAAAGAAUCAUGGAAGAGUGCAUACUGGCGAAAAGCCGUUCAAAUGCAACGUUUGCGGCAUGCAGUUUUCGCAGAGUCCACACUUGAAGAAUCACGAACGAAUUCAUUCUGGCGAGCGACCUUACCAAUGCGAGGUUUGUGAAAAGACGUUUGCCAGACAUUCAACGCUCUGGAAUCACAGAAGAAUUCACACUGGCGAGAAGCCAUAUAGGUGUAAUAUCUGCGGAUCCGCCUUCAAUCAAGCCACGCAUCUAAAAAAUCACGCAAAAGUCCAUACCGGUGAAAAACCGCAUAGGUGCGAUAUAUGUGAGAUCGGCUUUUCCGAUCGUUUUGCAUUGAAGCGUCAUCGUGCGAUCCACGAGAAAUACGGUCAGACGGCGCGAAAUCAGAAUGCGAAUAACCCAGCAAACGCACAGCAGGCCAACGCGAGUAAUCAGCAGCAACAGUCACAGCAGCAGCAACAGCCGCAGCAGGCGCAACAAGGUCAGGUUGUGGUCGUGAAUGCGACUACUCCUGUCACUGUCAGCCAAGGGCAAGGCCAAGUUAUACUCGACGAGGUCUACAAGUGUCAGGUGGCCUUCCCAGAGCCUAAAUGAUUCAGCUAGAGAAUACCUUUCAGGAGUUGGUAAAGAGGUUAACUUUUUUAACCUUUUUUUUUUAAUAUUAAUUUCGAGAACGGCAAAAUCCAUGGAUAUAAUAUAAAAAAUAAUGGAUUUUACUCUAAAAGAGUCAAGUGAAUCCUACAUGAGUGACUGUGAACAGCGCAUCUCUUUUUUUGUGUAUGUGCGGCCACUCGGAUUUAAAUAUGGAUAAAGAUAUUAAGGGUAAAAAAACGGAAAAAGAAAAAAUAAUGGACGGAGAGACUCUGCGUGAAACUUGUGCGAGUGACAAAUUUCGUGGAAUAUAUCCUCGGAAAUUUAAUUCGUAAUAUACAAUUGGACGAUUUAAAACCGCCAAUCAACGAAGUCUUUUUGUGAAGUAAUAGAGAAAAAAUAUGUCUACCUUUAUAUUUUGCCAUUCGGAAAGGUGGAAAAAAAACAAUUAAACCGUGUCGCGGCAUACAUUUCGUAUAUUAGUUUUCUAAAAUAAAACAAAAAAUGUAAUGUAAUCGUAUCAUUCUUUCAUACAUAUGUAAUAAUCGUUAAUUUGUCCAUUGAGAACAAAAUUGCUAUACGUCUUGCCGUUUCAUGAAUGGCAUUGUGCAAUAGUUCCGACAAAUUUUACGAUUAGCCCGACAAAGUGUACUUUCGAAUGAUUGUAACAACGGAGGAUUGCGACGGCGUGUGUUUCGGUAAUGAAAAGCGCAAGUAUAAGGUAUCGAGUAUUUUUUCCCUUCUUUUAGCAAAUUUAAAAAUUAUGUUGAAAAAUGCCCAAACCUCGGCCCUUUCAAUUUUUCUCGAUAUCAUGAUGAUAGAAUGUGCGUUUCUCAGUGUUUAAAAUAUCAAUAAUGUUUAAAGUAUCUAUUUAAUUUCGACCGUAUAAAUUAUUUAUCUAACAAUUGAUAAACACGCUAGUGAGCAUGUAGUUAACGAAAAUUCUGUACAACGCCGCGGGUAAUUUUGUACUUGCGGAUAGCGUGGAACGGAACGACAUCGCGAUUUGUGCGAGCUCUCUUCCGUCCAGUCAUUCGAGAUCAGAAGGCAUCACUGACGAUGACAACGAUCAUUAUGAAAAACUGGGGAGUAGUGCGGCAUACCUAUAUAAUUCGUUGGGGCUGCAAUAAUAAUAGUGAAUAUUGACGGGCAAGCAAAACCGUUUUAUAAUUUUAAGAAGCCGCGAACGAUAUGAAUAUAUUAUAACUGAAUAGUUGCUAGUUUGUAACAAGUAGCAAAGCUAGAUUAUAUACAUAUAAAUAUAUAUAUAUAUAUAUACAUUAAUUUUUAUAUCCCCACUUGUUAAAGCGAUCCCGCACCGUCGCUACUUUUAAGUAUCAAUGAUCA